AACCUCAGGGAGGCAUCUACAGGGACAAAGGUCCCAGGAGGCUCGAUCCGUGGGAGAGCUGUGACCUCUGCCAUCCAGUCUCGGCAGGUGCCAGGCAGGGCCCGAGUGAAGACCCGGCUCUGAGCGGGCAGCUGGGGGCGCCCUUUCGAGGAAGGGCCUGUGGCCUACCGGGAGCCACAGGCGGAACAUGAAGGGCGGAGUCCCGGGGGAGGAGCUGGCCCUCACUCCCCACUCUCCUGUUCCCUCUUUACCCCAGGCCGCAGCCUGGGAUCCCCCAAGGACUCCCCGGAACCACCACUUUCCCCAUGGACUUGCCUGGGGACUCCAGCCCUUCUAGACAGUCAAGCCUUUGCCGCCAGCCCCUAACUCGAGCAUUAUGGGAAGCCAAGAGCCCGAAAAGACCGAGGCUGCAACCCUUAGGGACCCCUUCGCCCUUGGAAAAGGCCUCUCGGCGGGUCCUGGCCGUAGUGCUGGAAGAUGUCAUGGCUACAAACAAGGCCCCCCUGGCAUACCAAGAGGACACCUCCAGGCCAAUGAAUCGCAACAAUUAUCAGGACUCUGUCUGCAGACAGUCACCUGCUUUACCACCCCGACAGGUCAAGUGGUCCUUACAAGCCAGGCCUCCUGACCCACUGCAUUUGUGCCGAGAACCCCUGAGCCGUACCCACCAGUCCUCUCCCACCUUGAAGAUGAGAUCAAGGACAGCCCCUGGCCCAGCAGAGAGCUCUUCACAAAAGAUGAACCAGGUCACCCAACCUACCCUGGUGGUGGUACUGGAAGACAUUGCCAGUCCCAGACAACCAGCUGAGGGUUUUGCUGAAGAUGGGCCCAACUUCAUUGUUCCAGCACAAAGAGCUGAGCCUAUGACAAAAGUUCAUCAGCCAAUGCCUACACCCAGAGAACUAGAACCUCCAUUCCAACCGUCCACUCCACCUGCUGACCCUCCAGAGAGCCCACUACCAGCCCCAGAUCCUGUUCUGGAGGUCCCAUUGAUCUCAACACCGUCCAGCCUUUUACGCCCCCGUCUCAGUCCCUGGAGCUUGGCCCCUCUCUUCCAGUCCGUCCGAUCCAAGCUUGAGAGCUUCGCUGACAUCUUCCUCACGCCUAACAAAGCACCACAGCCUCCACCCCCAUCACCUCCCAUGAAAUUGGAGUUGAAGAUUGCUAUCUCAGAGGCUGAGCAGUCCAGGGCUACUGAGAGAAUUGCAUCUGUCAGCCCCCGGCCCCCUAUCCGCCAGUGGCGGACUCUGGACAAUUCCCUAGCACCUGCCUCUAAGUUGUCUCUGGGCCGAAGCUACUCCUGCCCUGAUCUGGGGCCCCCUGGUCCAGGUAGCUGUACCUGGCCUCCUGUUCCAUCCCAGCCAAACCAAUCCAGGCCCCGGAGACAUACUGUGGGUUGUGGGGAGAUGGCCCGGACCCCACCACCUCCUCGGCCCUGUCUCCGGAAAGAGGUCUUCCCUCUUGGAGGUGUGGGAGCCUCACCUUCUCUCACUACAUCUUGCUCAUCCACUGCAUCCACUUCCUUCUUCUGCGAACCAGCAGAACCCAGAUUGGGUUCAACCAAGGGGAAGGAGUUAAAAGCCUCAAAGGACAAGGUGUUUUCUGACCCAGAGACCAAGACCAUGGGAAAGGUUUCUAGAUUCAGAAUACGGAGAACUCCCGUCCGUCUCCAGCCAAACCUUACACCAAUGGGACUGCCUCGACCAAUCAGGUUGAACAAGAAGGAGUUCACUUUGGAAGAAAUUUAUACUAAUAAGAAUUACCAAUCACCCACAACCAGAAGGACCUUUGAGACCAUCUUUGAGGAACCACGGGAGCGCAAUGGGACUCUGAUUUUUACCAGCUCUAGGAAACUCCGACGGGCUGUAGAAUUUCGGGAUAGUAGCAUGCCUCGAUCCCGUCGACCAUCACGAGGAGUCCGCACUGCAGCCAGCAGGACCCUUACUCCCAACCUGGCACCCAGCCAGGAUGUAGGACCUCUGCUGCAAGAACGGCUGAAGGAACUAGAUGCCUUGCUCCUAGAGGAGGAGGAGAUAGAUAGGGAACACCCCUGUUAGCUCUAGAAUCUCCAACUGUUUGUCCAUCCAUCCUUCAGGGAGGGGAGAAUCUCUGGAUCAACUGUAUUUUUUUCUCUAUAUUUCUAUAAAGUUUCCAAUAUGUUUCUGA